AUGGGUUGGAUGGGGUUCCCUAAGAGAUGGUCACAUUGGGUGUUUGGAAUUUUGUCGUCAGCCAGGUCCUCUAUUUUGGUAAAUGGGUCACCAACCUUUGAAUUUCAAUGUCACAAGGGGAUGAGACAGGGUGACCCACUUGCUCCCUUUCUGUUUAUUUUGGUUAUGGAAGCCCUCUCGGUGAUGUUCAAGAGAGCUGUAGAAGCUGGUCUUGUUAAAGGGGUCGAGGUGGGGAAAGACAAUUUGCAUAUUUCUCAUUUGCUCUAUGCGGAUGAUUGUGUCAUACUUGGUGAGUGGAAUCGUGAUAAUCUCAAAAAUGUGGCCAGGGUACUCAGAAUUUUUAAUAUGUGUUCAGGGCUCAAGAUUCACCUAGGAAAGUCUAAUAUGUAUGGAAUCGGUGUUACGGGUGACGAGGUGGCUAAUAUGGCCAAAGUGGUUAACUGUGCCGCUGGAACGCUCCCCUUUAAGCAUUUAGGAGUAUGGAUUGGGGCAAAUAUGAACAGGAUAGUCAAUUGGAAUUUCAUUAUUGACAUAUUUGACGCUAGACUGUCCCGUUGGCGUGCUACUAGUUUGUCGAUGGCUGGCAGAAUCAUUCUCAUUAAAUCAGUGUUGGAAAGCUUACCUACUUAUUCUUUUUCACUGUAUAAAGCUCCUCAGAAGGUUAUCGAAUGUUUAGAGGUUCGAAUUAGAAGGUUUCUUUGGGGUAGUUCGAGUGAUGGUCAGAAAAUUCAUUGGGUGGCAUGGGACAGAGUCGCUUCACCUGUUGAUAUGGGUGGUCUUGGGCUCAGCAAACUUAGGGACACUAAUGUCGCACUUCUUUCAAAAUGGUUGUGGAGGUUUAAAAAUGAACCUAACAGCUUAUGGAGAAGGGUUAUCGACUCAAUUCACGAUACAAAGAGGGGUUGGCUUCAUGUCAAGGUGAAUAAGUACUUACCAGGCACUUGGAAUAAUAUUGUCAAAUGCUUUGAGUCGGUUAAGGUGGUUGGAAAAGGAAUUAACUGUUUACUUAAAGGUGUCGUGGGCAAUGGGCACGAUAUUAGUUUCUGGUUGGAUAAUUGGAUAGGUGAAGAACCGCUUAGACAUAAAUAUCCUCUUUUAUUUAAGCUUGAAAAGAACAAGAAGGCUAUGGUGGCUGACAAGGUAGUCGGGGGAUCGGGCAGUAACUGUAUAAAUUAG